UCCGGCUAGGGGCUCUGUCUCCCCUCGCCGCAUCCACUCUCAGCCGGCUGCCCGCUGCCUCCUCCGUGCGCCCGCCCAGCCUCGCCGCCGCCACCAUGAGCCAGGCCUACUCGUCCAGCCAGCGCGUGUCCUCCUACCGCCGCGCCUUCGGCGGGGCCCGGGGCUUCUCGCUCGGCUCCCCGCUGAGCUCGCCCGUGUUCCCUCGCGCAGGCUUUGGCACCACGGGCUCUUCGAGCUCGGUGACAUCCCGCGUGUACCAGGUGUCGCGCACGUCGGGCGGGUCCGGGGGCCUGGGGUCGCUGCGGGCCAGCCGGCUGGGGGCGACCCGCGCGCCCUCCUCCUACGGCGCGGGGGAGCUGCUGGAUUUCUCGCUGGCCGACGCCGUGAACCAGGAGUUCCUGACCACUCGCACCAACGAGAAGGUGGAGCUGCAGGAGCUCAAUGACCGCUUCGCUAACUACAUCGAGAAGGUGCGCUUCCUGGAGCAGCAGAACGCCGCGCUCGCCGCCGAGGUGAACCGCCUCAAGGGCCGCGAGCCCACGCGCGUCGCCGAGCUCUACGAGGAGGAGCUGCGCGAGCUGCGGCGCCAGGUGGAGGUGCUCACCAACCAGCGCGCCCGCGUGGACGUCGAGCGCGACAACCUGAUAGACGACCUGCAGCGGCUCAAGGCCAAGCUGCAAGAAGAAAUCCAGCUGAAAGAAGAAGCAGAGAACAAUUUGGCUGCCUUCCGAGCGGAUGUAGAUGCAGCCACUCUAGCGCGUAUUGACCUGGAGCGCAGAAUCGAAUCUCUCAACGAGGAAAUUGCGUUCCUUAAGAAAGUGCAUGAAGAGGAGAUCCGUGAGCUACAGGCCCAGCUUCAGGAACAGCAGGUCCAGGUAGAGAUGGACGUGUCCAAGCCAGACCUUACAGCUGCCCUCAGGGACAUCCGCGCUCAGUACGAGACCAUCGCGGCUAAGAACAUCUCUGAAGCUGAGGAGUGGUACAAGUCCAAGGUAUCUGACCUGACCCAGGCUGCCAACAAGAACAAUGAUGCACUGCGCCAGGCCAAGCAGGAGAUGAUGGAAUACCGACACCAGAUCCAGUCCUACACCUGUGAGAUUGACGCCCUCAAAGGCACUAACGAUUCCCUGAUGAGACAGAUGCGGGAGCUGGAGGACCGGUUUGCCAGCGAGGCCAGCGGCUACCAGGACAACAUCGCACGCCUGGAGGAGGAGAUCCGGCACCUGAAGGAUGAGAUGGCCCGACACCUGCGCGAGUACCAGGACCUGCUCAACGUGAAGAUGGCCCUGGACGUAGAGAUUGCCACCUACCGAAAGCUGCUGGAGGGCGAGGAGAGCCGGAUUAACCUUCCUAUCCAGACCUUCUCUUCUCUCAACUUCCGAGAGACCAGUCCAGAGCAAAGGGGCUCCGAGGUCCACACCAAGAAGACAGUGAUGAUUAAGACCAUUGAGACCCGUGAUGGGGAGGUCGUCAGCGAGGCCACACAGCAGCAGCAUGAGGUGCUCUAAAGCUAGAGAACCUCCGACACAGUCCUGGCCCCAUCCUCACUGACUCCUGAAGCCAGCCAGCCUCCUUCCAUCCUGGGAUGCCACACCCAGCUGCCUUGCCUUCUUCCACUCACCGCCUCUAACUCUUUCUCACUGGCCACCCCUCAUAGUCCCCAUCCUGCCCAGUCCCAGGCAGCACUCCAGCCACCUCUGAGAAGCCCACCAUGAGUCUUGGCUAAUAGAGGGGGGUGAGCCUGGCUCUUGCACCCAGCUCGAGCUGUGACCCUACUCCCUCCCAGCUGUGACCUUGGGCUCUGACCUCUGGCUUUAGAGAAUGCCUCAGAGCAGUAUGUUGGGACUUGCAGGGUCAGGACAGAGCCCUGUGGACCUCCCCACCCCCAAGCCCUAGUUGGAGAAAGAAAGGAUAGGCUCCUCAGCAAGCUGGGCAAGGACCAGGGGACUAACCCCUGUGGACACUUGAGGGACUUGAAACUGUCACUAUGGUCCCUUCUUUUCCUUUCCUCAGCCCAGGGUGGGAUAAGAAAGCAGGGGCUGCAAGAGGGAACCCCCGAAGGUGCUAGAUGUGGGAGCAGGAGAUGCAGAAGGAGAGAGGGUGGGUGAGAUGCUGGAGAGGAGGAGAGGGAGGCAGAGUGUGUGCAGGCUCAGGCUGGCAGGAGGACGCCACCUCCCCACGAUUGCCCCUCCCACUGCAGGGGCUCUGGACAGAAACAAUAAAGAGAUGAGCACAA